UCAUUUAUUAUGCUAAUUUAACUUUAUUUGAGCUAAAAAUGUUUGAUUGUACGCCACGUUUUCGACGUUUACUAGGAGUUUACAUAGUUUUGAAUGCGUUCACAAGUGUGCUAUCGCAGUUUGGAAGAGGAGGAGUUGUAGACAGACAUGUUAUAGAAGAUAUCAUAGGUGGCGUUGCCGGACAAUUGCCUCAUUUUACUCUACGUCCAAUAGGAAUUCGCCCAUUUGGAAUCAGGCCUAGGCGUAUUAUACCUUUCCCACGUGUUAUUCCGACACCCCCGGAUGUUCAUAUUCUAGACGGCUCACAUGGACCACAUGGUAGUGGGGAACACGGUGGUAGACCUGGGGGCACACAUGUAGAUUUACCUCAACAACAUGGAAAUACUAAGCCAUUUCCUGUAAUACACAGGGAGGGCGGCGGAGGCCAUGGUAGUGGAGGACAAGGUGGUGGUACGCACGUAGAUUUACCUAAUCAACAUGGCAAUACAAAACCGUUUCCCGUUAUACACAGGGAGGGUGGCGGAGGACAUGGUAGUGGAGGACAAGGUGGUGGCACGCACGUAGAUUUACCUAAUCAACAUGGCAAUACAAAACCGUUUCCCGUUAUACACAGGGAGGGUGGCGGAGGACAUGGUAGUGGAGGACAAGGUGGUGGCACGCACGUAGAUUUACCUAAUCAGCAUGGCAACAGAAAUCCAUUCCCUGUUAUACAUAGGGAGGGUGGCGGAGGGCAUGGAAGCGGAGGGCAAGGUGGUGGCACGCACGUAGAUCGACCCGGUCAACAUGGCAAUACUGAGCCAUUUCCUGUUAUACAUAGGGAGGGUGGCGGAGGACACGGAACUGGAGGGCAAGGUGGUGGCACGCACGUAGAUCGACCCGGUCAACAUGGCAAUACUGAGCCAUUCCCUGUUAUACAUAGGGAGGAUGGCGGAGGACACGGAACUGGAGGGCAAGGUGGUGGUACGCACGUAGAUUUACCCAAUCAGUAUGGCAACAGAAAUCCAUUCCCUGUUAUACAUAGGGAGGGUGGCGGAGGACACGGGAGCGGAGGACAAGGUGGUGGUACGCACGUAGAUCGACCCGGUCAACAUGGCAAUAUUGAGCCAUUCCCUGUUAUACAUAGGGAGGGUGGCGGAGGACACGGGAGCGGAGGACAAGGUGGGGGUACGCAUGUCGACUUACCUCAACAGCAUGGCAAUAUUGAGCCGUUUCCCGUUAUACACAGAGACGGUGGGAUACACGGCGGACGACAUGUAACACUUGCACGCUCUCGGGGCUUUCCUGUUAUAGGGCCAAUAGGAGAUCCUUUUAACAGACGACAUGGAAGGAGACGUUUGUCACCUGAGGAACGAAGGCAUAGGCGAAUUAUGCGCAGACGACGCUUUCAUGGAAUAGACCCUCGCGCAGAUAUUAGAGGACAUCCUGGAGGUCUGACUGGAAUUCUUGCAGGGGCAGUUAGAGCCCUUGUCGGUUAAGUACCAAGAUACACAUUAAUACAUUGUAAGCACGAAGGGGUCAUGAAAAGUGACCAGGCAAAGUGACAAAAAAUAACUUGAAGCGUCAGGUUAUCGGUAUAUAUAAUCAACGAGAAGUAAAGGUCAAGACUGACGAACGGUGUUUUGCAAUCCCAGAUUUCUUGUUACGAUGAGAAUUUUCAUUCAUUUUUUUUCAUUUUUACUUUUUUUGUUACGUAUUUAUAUACAUGUACUGUUUGUUUUGUGUUUCAUAUUACUCCAAAUAAAAUCAAAGGGCUGCAG